UUCAGAUCUAAAAUGGUUGUUAGAUCGUACGACGAUGAAAUGCAGUACAUUGAGAGAAUCAAUGACCACUGCUGGAGAAUAAAGAAAGGGUUUCAACCGAAUAUGAAUGUCGAGGGUGUAUUCUACGUGAACUCUCACCUGGAGAAACUAAUGUUUGAAGAGCUGCGUAAUUCCUGCCGACCAGGGAUGAUUGGAGGAUUUCUACCCGGAGUAAAACAGAUCGCUAAUGUAGCUGCUCUCCCAGGAAUAGUUGGUAGAUCUGUAGGUUUACCAGAUGUACACUCUGGAUACGGGUUCGCUAUAGGAAAUAUGGCAGCUUUUGAUAUGGAGGAUCCGAUGUCUGUAGUUUCUCCUGGAGGAGUAGGGUUCGAUAUAAACUGUGGGGUUCGAUUAAUUCGAACAAAUUUAUUCGAGGAGGAUGUUCAACCUGUCAAGGAACAGCUUGCCCAGUCACUCUUCGAUCAUAUUCCUGUAGGGGUCGGUAGCAAGGGUAUUAUACCAAUGAAUGCUAGGGACCUGGACGAAGCUCUGGAGAUGGGGAUGGAUUGGAGCUUGAGAGAAGGAUAUGUUUGGGCUGAAGAUAAGGAGCACUGUGAGGAGUAUGGACGAAUGUUGAAUGCUGAUCCAUCAGUAGUUUCCACCAGAGCUAAGAAGCGAGGUUUACCUCAGCUUGGUACUCUGGGAGCAGGAAACCAUUAUGCAGAAAUACAAGUAGUAGAUGAGAUUUACGACAAGUUUGCUGCGAGUAAGAUGGGUAUUGAUGCCAAGGGUCAGGUUGUUCUCAUGAUACACUGCGGAUCCAGGGGCUUCGGACAUCAGGUUGCAACAGAUGCCCUUGUUAGUAUGGAGAAGGCGAUGAAGAGAGAUAAAAUUGAAGUUAAUGACCGUCAGUUGGCUUGUGCUAGGAUAAACUCGAAGGAGGGAAAAGAAUAUCUGAGUGGAAUGGCUGCCGCGGCCAACUUUGCCUGGGUCAACCGUAGCUCCAUGACAUUCCUAGCACGUCAAGCGUUCGCCAAGAUGUUUAACCUCACACCAGACGACCUGGACAUGCACGUGAUAUACGAUGUCAGCCACAAUAUCGCCAAGAUGGAAGAGCACAUCGUUGACGGGAAAAGGAAGCGGUUACUGGUCCACAGGAAAGGAUCAACACGUGCCUUUCCUCCGCAUCAUCCUUUGAUACCUGUCGACUACCAGUUGACCGGUCAACCUGUUUUGAUCGGCGGAACAAUGGGGACAUGUAGCUACGUCCUUACAGGAACAGAACAGGGCAUGCAGGAAACGUUUGGUUCCACGUGCCAUGGAGCUGGUCGGGCAAUUUCCCGCGCAAAAUCUCGAAGAAAUCUGGAUUUCCAAGAUGUGCUCGAUAAACUGGCAAGCAAGGGAAUAUCUGUUCGAGUAGCGUCCCCUAAGCUUGUGAUGGAGGAGGCUCCCGAGUCCUACAAGAAUGUGACGGAUGUGGUGGACACUUGUCAGGCCGCGGGCAUCAGUAAAAAGACGAUGAAACUCAGGCCAAUUGCUGUUAUCAAGGGUUGAAAAAAUGAAAUACCAAUCAAUAUAUGAAGAUCACAAUGGACCGUUGAACAAGAAACGAGAUGUCCAUUUUGAAGAAAAAAUCUCUUAUGAUAAAUUUUAAAUCAGUGAGCUGUGAUUAAUUAUUUAAUUAUAUUUACAUGCUGUACGUGAAUCAAGUGUCUAAAUUUUACAAUUUGUUAUGAAAUAAUUAUGAACAUGAAUUCAAUUGAUUUAUUUCACUUGUUCAGAAAGUAUGUUCACAAAGCCUAAUUAAAGAGAUAAACUCCUGUCUUAUGUAUUGGAGAAUAGUGUCAUAUUUUACCUGUUUAAUGUUUAUGAUUCUUUUAUUAAAGUCAUAUUUUUCCGAAAAAAUCUUUUCAAAUAAUU